GGUUCAGUCCUCUGCCAGGCCAGCUCAGUUCGUUCCACUAGUAGAGACCCAUUCCCCCAGUUAGCUUUAUUUUUACCUGUUGUGACAGCCCAGCUCCCUCUCUCGACCGUCUGCCUGCAAAUCACAUUGUGCGGUGACUACAGUGGAGUCAGUGUGUGUGGGGCAGCUUUGGUUUCAAGAGAACCGUUCUCGUUUGUCUGCUUGUGUGUACUUUCUCCUCUGGCGCAGUUCAAAGACUGAAGCAAGCCGAUUGUCGCCACACUACCACCCCCUUUAUACUGACCAGACAUCACCACAGCAUGGAUUCCAUGGACAAGCCUCUGCCCAAUGAUGACCCCACUGUCACCCUUACCAUUAGGCUUAUCAUGCAAGGCAAGGAAGUUGGCAGUAUCAUCGGCAAAAAGGGUGAAAUUGUGAAAAGAUUUCGUGAAGAGUCAGGUGCCAAAAUCAACAUCUCUGAUGGCUCUUGCCCUGAACGUAUCGUCACAGUCACAGGACCAACGAAUGCCAUUUUCAAGGCAUUCACACUUAUCUGCAAAAAAUUUGAAGAGUUUCAGGAAAUGCAGGGCGCUCCCAAUGGUUCGGGCAUCCCUCGUCCCCCAAUCACACUGCGUCUCAUUGUACCAGCAUCACAGUGUGGUUCCCUCAUCGGCAAGGGAGGUUCUAAGAUCAAGGAGAUUCGUGAAGUGACCGGAGCAUCAAUACAGGUGGCAUCAGAGAUGCUGCCCAACUCAACUGAACGAGCGGUGACCAUCUCUGGCACCAGUGAGGCCAUCACACAAUGCAUCUACCACAUCUGUUGUGUUAUGCUCGAGUCCCCUCCUAAAGGUGCCACGAUUCCCUAUCGUCCCAAACCCCAAGUGGCUGGGCCAGUCAUCCUAGCUGGCGGACAAGCUUAUACUAUCCAGGGUAACUAUGCCGUGCCUGCCCAUGCCGACAAGAUGGGGAUGGGCAAUUCUCCACUGGCUGGCUUGGCAGCUCUUGGCUUGGGCGGCCUCAACACUGGCAACACAGGAGGCCUGAAUCCUGCAGCUCUUGCUGCCCUUGCUGGUAGCCAGCUUCGAACCAACAACCAAAACCGUAACCAGCCCGGAGCAAAUCAGCAGACACAUGAAAUGACGGUUCCCAAUGAACUGAUUGGUUGCAUCAUCGGCAAGGGUGGCACGAAGAUUGCGGAGAUCAGGCAAAUUAGUGGAGCCAUGAUUCGCAUCUCAAACUGUGAAGAACGUGAAGGUGGCGCCACGGACAGAACCAUCACAAUCACAGGGAAUCCUGAUGCCGUGGCCCUGGCACAGUAUCUGAUCAAUAUGAGUGUUGAACUGCAGAAAGCUAACCUUGAGGCCCAAAAUCCCGCAACCCCCGGAGGUCCGGGCACUUCAACCCCUGGCUCAAGUUCGAGUGGUCCCUCUUCCGCGGCCGCUUCCCCUCUGGCCAGUGCUAUUCCCCUCGCCCAGCUGCUGUCCAAACCUGGCGCCCUCAACGCGCUCUCAAGUCUGAGCGCCCUGGGGGGGCUCACGGAGCUUCUGGGGGGCACGGGCGCUUCAGCCCCUGUCCAGACCACUGGUGUUCACCGUUCACAUAAGACCUAUACCCCCAGGUUGCGGAGCCCAGGUGGAGGCAUGGGCCCCCAGGAUAACAGCAAGAUAAAAUCUGAGAGGAGCAAGUUUGCACCUUAUUAGAACCUGUUAUCCUGCUUACCCCGCUGCCUAUACACUCUGCUCCGUAUCACUGGGGUGUUGGCUAACAGGUUAUGUUAAUUACAGGACAAACAUAACAGUGUUUCUGGUAAUGAUAGCUUACAAUUUAGAGGGAUAAAAUAUGGUAAAAUCUCUUCAGUAUUGAGUGAAUCUUUGUCACCUAUUAAUUUUUUAUAAUAAAUUUCUUUAUGUUCAAUGUAUGGAACACACAUUUGUCAUUCUUUGUAUAUUUGCUUGCAGUUUUGCCAUUCAAGCAUGGCAACCAAGCAGAGGGUGUUCUGUAUUGAUGAGAUUUUACUUUUGCAGACUCAUUUGAGAUGCAGUUGAAUUAGUCGUAAGUCUUGACAUAAGUGUAAUCUUUCUCUGUACUAUAGUAGCAGGGGGAAAAAGAAGUAAUUAAAAGUCUCUAGAUACAGUCACUAGUUAUCAUCUUCUUCAUGUUUAAACCAUAGUUCAUUAUUACAAUCAUUGCAGUUGUGUUUCAUUCUGCAGUUUUUAUUAUUCCAAGAUACAUAGAGUAAGCUGCAGUAAGACAGAUGUCGGUAGUAUGACUUCUUAGGAAGUUUUGCCAGACUGUUUUGUUCUUUUGCUAUAGUGGUAAUGAUUCCAGACUUUUUGUGAUAUGUUUUAGGAUGUUUUUUUUAUUAUUCUUUUUAACAUUUUGAGUUCUGUGAAGUUAUCAGAUUGCUGAUCGGUGGUGACAGUGAAAAUUUUGUUUAUGAGAAUGUUGGACUAGAGAUGAACAUAUCAAAUUGGUUUAUUUGCACCACUGCAUUUUUGUUUUCAAGAUUCUGUCAUGUGUAAUUAGUUAAUUGAAGGAAAAUAAAUUGAAAGAUAACAGGCUUGCAUUUGUUUUAUGUCUGAAGUUUAUGAACUGGUCUUGUGGCACACAUUAAAUAAAAUUUGUUAGCAAUGCAACGAUUGCAACAAACAAAAUUAUUUAUCCUGUUUCAUAGCCAGUAAUCCUAUAUAUAUAGAAACAAGCUCAGGUGUCUGAAUAUUAUAAAAUACCCUUACUUUGUUCUCUUGCUUAGAGGAUGGUGAAUUAGGGGGGCAUAUCAGAAAUGUCACACGUUAAUCUCAGUAACCUCGUGAGUGCCAUGUCCGAAAUUGUCUUGAACAUAUUUCUUUUGCAAGGAGUUUCAUGCUCUGAAAAUGUCAUUACCUUGUGGUAAUAAUCCUCCUCUAUACGUCUGCAUUUCUGGACCCACGUCUUUGAAGGUGCUGCGUCAGUAACAGGUGUCAGAAUAUUGUGUGUAAUAUUGUUUUGGUCUCUAAGUAAGAACUUGCAGCGGAAUUAAUUUAGGACUGAUUCUCACUGUUGAAUUGCCAGACACUUUGACUCGGCUGGUUUGUUGCAGAUUGUAAUUGCAGCGUUCAUUAUCUUUCGUCUUAAAAAUUUAGUCUUCCUGCAGGCUACUUUGACCAAUAAUCAUCUUCCAUAUAUAGAUAAUGUUAAUCACUGAGUACUUAAAUGAAUAUAAAAUGUGUACGGUGUAGAAUAUUCUGACAUGAAACUAGAAUUGUGUAUUUGUUCACAAAUUCUUGGGCUCAAAAAGAGAGGGAUAUACUGUUUCCCAUACUAUGUAUAUGUCCAUAAUAAUGCUUGAGAUGGAAGAUCAGAAAAUACAAGCUUAUGGCACUUUAUCUGGUGUGGGGCUUUGGCUGUUAUAGUCGAGAUUCUGUUUUAUUAAUCCCCUUCACACUUAUUGAGAUUUCAGUGUAAAGUAGACUGUGGCCUCUAUUUAUUUUGUCGAACUUUGUAAGUUCUGUUUGCCCCCCCAAAGAAAAAAUACAACAAGCUUUUAUAUUAGUACUCUUCUCCUAAAUAGUUUGGUGCCCAGUAUUUCACUCCUCUGGCUAUUCCAGUGUUCAGUUCUUUUGCUGUUUAUGAUUGCUUCAUAUCAUGUUUAUGUUAAAUUACUUGCAAGUGUUAUAUUAAGAUUUUAAGUUGUGUACCAGAGAAGACAGCACUGUGAAUCUCGGGAAAAAAAAUUUUCUUCUCUUCAUUUGUUCUGUGUUGCUGGUAAGUGCUUAAUUAUAUCUAUAAUUUGAAGUCUUUCCUGUUACAGUAAUAAAUAUUCAUUUGUCA